AUGGUUGAAGACGAGAGGCUUGCGGAGGAUGCUCGGCAGCCGGAGCAAUCAUCGCACGCCGACUUCGCUGCCCAGCAGCGACACCUCCAGCGCCUCGUGGUGUCGCUCGAUGCCACGCUUGGCUCCCUCCUGGCCCCACAGCAGUCCAAGCUGCAGCGCCCAUCUUCUACGCCACACCGUACAUCAUCGCCAGCAAGCAGCAAGACCGGCAAGGGCAGUGCAGCAGAGGGUGCUCCCGCUACUGCUGCUGCGGCGUCUCCACGCGGCAGCGGUGCUACCGGAAGCGCCGACAACGCCCCACAGAUCACACCAGAGAGCGCGGUAGCCUUGGCGGCCGAAGCCCUCGCGGCCGUCAAGGCCUCACUUGCACUCGCACAGCACGAGCACGGGCCGCGCCCCGCAAACGGCAAGGACGACAGCGCGAGGAACAGGGACCGCGGCGGUGGUGGUGGUGGCCGAGAGCUGCGAGUGGCGCUCGCUCGCGCGAUAGGGGCGCUGAGGAAUGCCUGCGUCGGCGCCGCCAGCUCAACGGCCGAGCUGCUCGGAGGCGAAGAUCCCACGGGUUUCGCCCAGGAGGUAAGAGCUCUCGCCAACGCCCACGAGAAGGAGCUGGAGCAGGCCAUGGUGGAAGACAUGGAGGGCCAGAGCGACCUGUGGAGUGGGGUCUUUACCGAGCAACAGACGGGGCUGCUGCAGAUGGUUCGGGCUCAGGAGGCCGAGCUGCGGCAGGGAAAGCGGCGGAUUUCCUCUCUCGAGCAGGAGCUGGCCGCCCUCGACGAAAAGCGCAAGGAAAUCGCAGCCGCCGCCGCCGCCGCCGCCGCCGCCGCUAAGACGGCGAACGCCUCCGGUGCCGGUAAGGAGGGGGGGAAGAGCGGCAACAACCGGGAUGAGGGCCACGCCGACCGUUCCCUGAAGGAGUCCGAGGUCAACGACUGGCGGAGGCGGCUGGAGCGGAUGCAAGCGGAGCACGAGAGACGGCUGUCCGCGGUGCGGGAGCGGGAGGUGGCGGUGCAGGCGGCGGAGCUGAGGGUGGAGGGCCGCGCGAGGGAGCUGGGGUCGGAGCGGGACCGGCUCGCGGCGGGGGCCGUGGCUCUGUCCGCUGAGGCGGACGGCUUGAGGGCGGGAGCGAAGGACGCAGCUGAGAGGGAACGAAAGCUGGCCUCGUGGCAAGCCGGGCUGGACAAGAGAGAGCUCGCAGCGGAAGACGUACGUGAGCGGUCGAGGCACCUGGAAGAGAUGGAGAGACAGGCGAGGGAACGCGAGCACGAGGCAAAGGAAAGCCUCUCGCUGCUGGAGGAGCAGCUGUCGGUCAAGGAGAAGACGCUCGCUAUUGUAGAGGCCGACCUAGAAAAGGCCCGCCGGGACAUGGCCGAGCGUGAGGAGGCGGUGCAACGGGACCGACGAGAAGCCUCCAGCAAGGUGCAAGACGAGUCGAGGCUGGAGAAGGAGCGGCUCGACAAGGAGGUAGCCAGACUGAGGCAGGAGGAGCGUAGGCUCGACGGUCUUAACCGCGAGCUGGACGAAAAGACCCUCCAGCUGAGGGAAGAGCUUCGGCGAGAAGCGCAGCGCCUGUCUCGAGCAGAGGAAGAGGGGAAGAUCGCUCUGGCGAAGGACCAGCGGGAGUUGCAGAGGAGCCGGGAGGCCGUGAGGGAGGAGGAGGAGCAGGUGGAGGCCCUCGGGCUGGAGGCGGAGAGGGCGAAGGCGGAGGCUCGGGCGGCCCGCGACGCGGUGGAGCUUGAGCGCAGGGAGAUGCUCAAGGGCUUCUCGGAAGUCAGGGGGGCCUUGGAGGAGAAAGAGGCAUCCCUUGGAAGGGAACGGGAUACCCUGUCAAGAGCUAAGGAUCGUUUCGACAGGGAAAUGGCUAAGACUGCAAAGCUUCAGAACAAGGAGUCGAUCGCCUCCGUCAGGCGAGCGGAAGCAGAGAGGUAUUUUGGCACGCAUUCACAAGCGGGCGUCGUUGCUUGGCGCUGCUGGAAUCGAAUCUCGUUUGUGCGUGCCGCCGGCCACGAACCAAACGUGUCGUUAAUUCACAAUAAUUUCUACGAUCUCGCCCCCCUUUUGACCCAAAAUAAUUACGGCGACUUCCACCAAUUACUUCAGGAGGAGGCUGAGGAAGCCGCUACCAAGUGUGGCGAAACCCUGUCGUCACUGGAAGGGGAUGCGGCUGAGGUGGACGCGUUAAAGAAAGGUCUCGACAGAAGACAUAGACAGGCGGAGAAGGAGGCGGCCGAACUAGCUGUACGGGAACAGGAAUUGGCGAGGUCGGAAGAUCGGCUCUCCGAGCAGGAACGGCACCUGAAGGAGCGCGAAGCUGAGUUGGCCGAGGCCUUGGCCGCGCUGGAAAAUUCUCGGAAAGCUCUUGAGGGAGCGGCCGCCUUCGUGCAGGAUGAACGAGACGCUUCGCGGACCGCUUUGCUGCAAGAUAUCGACAGACUCGAAACCCAGAGAGAGGAGGCAGGAAAUCGCGUUUCCGCCUUGGAGACCCAAGCCAUGGCUUUGAGGCAGGGGAUAGGGGAGGCAGAAUCCCUCGCUAGAGAUGCUGCAGCGGAGAGGGAUAGGUGCGUCGAGAGAGCCAAGGUGGCGGAGUCGGAGAGGGGCGAUGCCGUGGUCAGGCUACGAACGGCGAUGGAAGAGCUAGCGGGACUCAAGGGGAGACUCAGCCACACCGAAUCGUUACAGGCGCGAGCUGAGGCAGCGGAGGAGAGCUUGUCCUUGCUGAGGGUGAAGCUGUCUGAGAUGGACGAUGCCAAACACGACGUCAACAGGAGAGAGAGGCUGGUGGGCGAGCGCGAGGGAGCGGCGCGGGCAUGGGAGUCUAGCCUGAGAAGCGAACAGGCAUCCGCAAGGCAGGCGUUGUCGGAGGCCGGGGCGAGGGUGAAACUGUCGGAAGAGCGGGAAGCCUCCCUCAAGGAGGCGGAAGAGGCUCUGGAGGAGCGCUUGGAGGAGCUGGAAAGGCUGAAACAGGAGCAGCGAGAGGCACUCAAAGAGAAGGCAGCGGAGCAUAAUGCCAAGAGAAAAGAGCUCGAUGAAGCCGGCCGGAAGGCCCACCAAGAUCUCCGUAGAUCAGCGGCGUCGUUCCUGUUCUCCCGCCUGUCGUCCCUCCCACGCCGACGACUGGAGGGGGCCUGGCUGCAGCUGCGGUUGCGGGGCGUGGACGCCGAUUCGGAGGCAUUGAGGGAGAGGGAGGCGGAGGCGAGGGGACGAGCGUCCGAGCUUCAGGCGUCCAUGGAGAGGGGUUUGCAGGAGCUGAGGGUCGGGAAGGAGGGGUUGGAGGAGGAAGCGGCCAGGGUUCAGCAGGCGAGGGUCAGGGUGGAGGCAGACCUGCGGCAGGUUGCCCGUCAACACAAGGAAGUCUUGCACCUCAAGGAGAAGGCCUCGCGGGAUCUAGCCGAGGCGGAGAGUAAACGGGCCGCGCUAGAGGAAGAACGAAAAUCUCUUCGGGAAGAGGCCGAGAAAGCGGAGGGGCUGGGACAGGCCCUGACCCACGAGAAGGCGGUCGUGGAAACUUCUCGGAAGGUUUUGGAAGAGGAGUCUGUGGAAGUGGAGGGCAGACGGAAGGCGCUCGAGGAGCUGCAGGAGGCCGGAAGACGUGAGGUGGACGCCGGGAGAGAGGAGCUGCGGCUUGCCGCCGAGGGAUUGGAAAAGGAGAAGGGUGACAUCAAAGCAGCUUGGAAGGCGUUCGAGGACGACCGCCUGAAGGCAGAAGCGGUGCUGGAACGUUCCAGGAAUGUUCUCGAGGGGGAGAAGGCCGAGGUGCAGCGGGCGAGGGGAGACCUGGACAGGUUCAGCGCACGGGUCGGAGGAGAGAAGGCGGAGCUGCGGCAGCAGAGGCUCCAGCUGGAGGAUAGGAAGGCGGAGCUGAACACGAGACAGGAGAACAUCCGGGUCCUCGAAGCGAAGGUGCAACAGAACCGCUCGGAAGCCGAGAGGGUUAGGGGAGAGCUGGACGGUGAGCGGAGGGACCUGAGAGACUGGGAGGAGAGCCUUAAGGGGAGGAAGGGAGAGCUGGAGAGAGAGAAAGCGGCCUUAGAAGAGGGAGAAAGAGAGCUUGCCGCAGUACGGCGAGAGCUGGAGACCCGCGAGGAGGCGGUUCGUGACACAGGGAGGGAGGUCGGUCUGUCGCUGGACCAAGGCAGGAGCGUACUGGGCCGGGAGCGGGACAAGCUCAGAGAUGAAGCGGACAACCUCGCCAGGCGACGUCGAGCCUUGGACGUGGACCUCGCAGAGCUAGACGCAUCUCGCAACCAGCUUCAAGAGAAAGAGACGGGUCUGGCCUCGACGACUCGCGCUCUUGAGACGAGGGAGGCCGAAGCCAAGAGGCUGCUUCGAGAGGCCGAUGCGGACAGGGAAGGUUUGGACACGGCUCGCGAGGCUUGUUUGGAGCGCGAACGGGACUUGUCAGCGACGGAGGCGAGGCUGAGGGAGCGAGAGGUGGAGGCUGACGAAGUGGAGGCCGAACUAGCCCGCAAGAAGGAGGAGAUGGCCCACGCUAGAGAUAUGCUAGAGCAGGCCAGGAAGGAUGCCGAAAACCACGCUAGAGAAGCGGAGGCGGCUACCCUUGAAGCGAGGUCGUUGAAGGAGGACCUUGAGGGAAGCUGGGAGGAGGUUCGUGCCAGGGAAGCUAAGGCGAAGGGCGUGGAAGAGGCUGUCAAGGCUCGGGAGGAGGGCUUAUCCCAGUGGGAGGAAGUUCUCAAGGGCCAGGCCAACGAGGCCUCCGAAAGCACCUCCAAGCUAGAAGCCGACAGGCUCUCCCAGGAGAGAAAUUUCCGGGAACGUUCCGAAGCUCUGGAGGGCGAAGAGCGCUGCGCAAGGGAGGCGAAGGGGAAUUUGGAGGAGAGGGAGAAGGCGGUAGCGGGGAGGGAGGCCGAGCUCGCGGAGCUAGAGGCGGGCCGGGAGGCGAGGGCCUCGGAGCUCGAGGGGGUUCGAGAUAGGCUGGCAUUGCUGGAGAAGGCGCUGGAGGGCCAACGCGCCGACCUCGCCAGGAGAAAGGCGGAGGUAUCCGGGUGGGAAGAAGAAGCACACCGGAGGUUGGAGGAGGCGGAUGAGAAGCAGAGGGCGGCGGACAGGUGCACGAGGGACGGGGCCAACGCCAGGAGGGAGCUGGAGAGGCUCAAGAAGGCCGUCGAGAGCAACUUCGAGGACCUGCAGCGACAGGAAGCCGGCCUCGAGCAGCAGAAGGAAGAUGCGAGGUCGCUCCUCCUCAAGGCGAAGGCGGCCGAAUCCGCCUUGAAGGAGGGAGAAAGGAAAUCCGAUGCAACCAGGAGCGAGCUGUCCAAAUCAAGGGCGGAGGUGGAGAAGAUGAGAUCGCAGCUUUCGGAGGCCCUGUCCCAGGUCGAGUCUAGGCAGGGCGUGCUGGCGUCGAGCAAGCGAGAUCUCGACGAGGAGAAGGAGCUGCUGCAGAGGGGGAAGAGGGAGGCGGCAGCAGAGGCGGACAAGCUGGAAAAAAGUCGAGAGGCACUCGAGAGAGACGAGGCCGAGCUGUAUCAAGCAAAAGACGACAUCCUGCAGCAGUCGCAGCGACUGACCUCAUCGUUCCUAGAGCAGAAGGGGGAGUUGGAGGGGACCACGAGGCGCGCGGAGGAGAGGGCUAGCGCGGCGGACGCGAAGCUGUCGGCCAUCCAAGAGCAGCUUGACAAAGCCAGGUCUAGGGUUGCGGCUGUGGAGGUGGAGAGAGACCAAGCCCUCGAAGCCGUAGGACAGCUGUCUGCUAAGACGGACUCCCUGGAGGAGCAGCUCGAAAACCUCGGAAGGCUGCUGGAAGAGGCGAGGAAGAGGGUGUCGGAGAAAGCGCAGCAGCUGCAGCAUGCUGAGCGCUCGUGGGACGAAGCCCUGAGCAAGAGCAAGGACGCAUCUGCAACACUCGUGCAAGACAGGGAGGCACGCCUCGUCCAAGCCAACCAAGGCUUGGAAGACACCAAGAAGGAUCUUGAACUCGCACGGGAAGAAGCCGCCGCCAUCGCAGCGGAGUUGCAGCGAGAGCAAGAGGCGUUAUCCGUCAGCAGGGCGAGGACGAGCGAGCUGCACACGCUCGGGGUCGACAUGGAGAGAGAGCUCACGGCCAUGCUGAAAGACAAGGAACAGGCCGCGGCUGCUCGGGAGCUUGCUGAGGAGGAAUGGAGGGCUAAGGCAGAGGAGAGGGACGGACAGAUCGAGCGCCUUGAGGGAAGGCUGUUGGAGGCGGAACGAGCACAGGGCGAGGCCGAGGACAAACUGGAACAGGUUUCCUCAGAGGCAUGUCUCGCCAGGGAGCGGGUGGACCAGGUGUUGGAGGAGCUAGAAGACGCCAAGGAGGGGAUGCAGAGGAGUGACUCCAGGGCGCAAGAGCUGCAAAGGCGGCACUCCGAAGGGCGGGCCGGGGUGGAGGCGGCAUCCCGAGGAAUGAAGGAGCUCAGGCGAGAGCUCAACCGGCUAGAGGAACACUCGGAAGGGCUUUCUUCUCGCCUACGGCAGCGCGAUCAGGAACUAGCGGAGGCGGCCGCCCUCAUGACAGAAACGCAGCGGGACUUGACCGCGCUCAGAAACAGAUCAAAGGAGAUGGAACAGGUGUCGGAGCGGCUAGAGGCUGCUGAGGCUGCCGCCACGCUGCUCAAAGAAGAACUCACGGAGACUAGGCAAGCCGUCUCGUGGAGGGAGGAGGAGCUGGCCAAGAUGAGGAAGGCUAACGCCGAUUCGGAGGAUCGGCUACGGCAGUGCGCGGAGGAGCUGCAAGGAGCCCUGCUCGACCUGAGGGCGAGAGACUCAGAGCUAGACGGCGUUAAGGAAGAAGCCUCGGCCCUGUCCAGCAGGAUGGAUGGCAUCCAAGAGUCAGCCCGCAGGGCUAGGUCAGAGGCUGUCGAGUGGAAGGCCCUAGCCGAGAGGGCCGAGAGCCGUUUGGAGGAGAGCGAUAGGCUCAGGCGCUCGGCACAGGAGCAGCGGUCUCAGUCUGACCAGAUCGACCGGAAGAACCGGGCCGAGAUGGCCAGGCUCGAAGAUGCCAAGAAGACCCUCGAACAGGAAAGGAGGGCGUUUGGCGAAGAGAGUGCAAGGGUAGCGGAGAAGGAAGCCGAAGCGAGAAGCAUGGCAAAGUCCAUGGACAAGACUCGGAGCCUUCGCGAGAUUCUUUUCGCUCAAGAGCGAGAGGUGACGACCAAGGCCAAGUCCUUGACGGCCAGGGAGCAGCAGCUCGCUCAGGCCGAGAAACAGAUCGUCGCGAAGGAGGAGAGGGUUUCGAAAAAAGAGGCGGGGGUCUCGAACAAGGAGAUGGACGUGUCCGAGAAGGAGAGGCGGGUGUUCGAGAAGCAACAGGCGUUGUCCUGCAGGGAGGCGAGCGUUUCGGAGGCGGAGGGUAGGGUUUCCGCAGAGGCAAGGAGGCUUUCUGACCUGUCCAAGGACUUGACGCGGAAAAAAGAGGAGGCCGACGAGCGCGAGAAGAGGUUUAACGCUGCAGCGGAGAAGCUUACCCAAGACGCUGCUCGUCUGGAGUCGGAGCUGGAGGCAGCCCAGUCCGAGGUGCACACUAACCGGGAGCGCGCGGCAACCCUGUUGCGAGCUGAGCGACGUGUACAGGAGCGUGAGAAGUGGCUCGAGGGGGAGCAGCAAGAGCUAGACCAGACGCGCGAUCGGAUGUCCUCCGAGGCUUCUCGUCUAGCGGUCAGCAUCGGUGGUGUGGAGGAGAGAGUGUCUGCCGAGGCGAAGGUGGUCCAGCAAGAGAGAACUAACCUAGAGAAGCACAAGCGGAGGCUGCAAGCGGGGAAGGUCGAGCUGGACGAGCGACGCAAAGCCUUGGAAAGCGAGGAGAAAGCUCUAGACACCCGCUACAAGAACGCCGCUGCUAACCUCGAUGCUGAGAACAAGGCGGCGAGAGCUGAGUUAGCCGCGGCGAGGAAGGCCCUGGCAAGGGAAAAGGGCGAGCUGGCCUCCAAGACUAGGAACUGUGCUGCCGAGGCUGAGGCUGCUGCGAGAAAGACCGCGGAGGCGGAGUCUUUGAUGCGAAGGGCGAGGGAAAGAGAGCGUCAGGGCGCAGAGCAAGACCGUCGAAGAGAGAGCGACAGACGGGCGGUGGAACGUGAGCGGCAGGCGCUGUCUUUGCAAAAGGCAGCGCUCGAGAAAGAGGCCGGAGCUCUGCAGCAUCAAGUGGCCGCCCUCUUGGAGCAAAGAACCGUGGCGCAGAACGCUCUCGGAAGCAACAACAGCAAUAGCAGCGCCAACGCUCUUUUCCAGGAGGCCGAGAACCGCAUGCGACAGGCCGAGUUCCGCCACGAAAGGGCCGAACAACGAGAGGCCGCCGCCGCACAGCUUGAAGCCGCAUUGAGGAUUCGCGGCGCGGAGCUGUCAACUCGGGAAGAGGCAAUAUCUGCGGCGGCGGAGCUUUCUCUGGCGGCCUCUCAGAAACAAGCAUCGUCGUUGUCUGUGCGAAACAAGGGGGCCACGCGAAGAUCGCCUGCCACCACUGUGGGCAAGCAACAGCAAGCACCACCUCCGGCGGACGAUUUUUCUCUGGCAGUUUCAGAAGGGCAGGGAUGGGCGGUUCCCGGCUCGCAGUCGCUCGCGCUCGGCUCGUCCAUCCGCGAAGCCUCCGCGUCGUCUUACCACGGCGGCGGCGGCGUCAGCUGGGGUGGUGCUGGUACCGGCGAUGGACCCGGCAAGAACCGGGAAGCCAACACAGGGCUGUCCGGUGUGCGCUUGCAAGGCGGGUCGCGCGCCGGCGUGGACGUGGAAACGCGAGAGCGGCAGCUCGAGGAGUGGUCUAACGCUCUAGCCGAGCAAGCAAGCGCCAUGAGGGAGCAGGCGCUGAGGCUGGAGACUGCCUACGACCGGCUCAGGGAGAGAGAGGCCCAGCCGUCGUUCGAGCACCACGAGUCGGAAAGGCACCGCGGUGGGGGUGGUGGGGAGGCUGAUAAGAAUGACGCCGCUGACGAAUCCCAGAGCAUCACGUUGCAAACCGGGAUGCACCACGAGCAGCGGCGCGUUGGAACGGAUCCGUCUCAGGCUCGAGCCGCGACGACUCCCGCUGUCGCCGGUAGCGCCGUUGGCAGCACUAGGGAUGCCGCCAGCGAGAGCCAGCAGCUGCAGCAGAGCCGACACCUAGAGCAGGAGACUGUCCGACUGGCUGAGAAGGCCAGGGAGCUGGAUGCCGAGAGACAUCGCCUCAAGCUGGCGGCCGAGUCCGCCGAGAAGGAGCACGCCCGGGCACAAGCGGAGCGACAAGCCGCCUCGGACGCGACUAGAGACGCGGCGACCCUGAGGGUCGCGUUGGAGCGGGAGAAAACCCGGCUGGACGCCGAGAAAGGGGGACUGGCGGCGGAGAGGAGCCUGCUGGCAGCCGAAAGGGGAAGGCUUGCGACGGAACGGUCGCGUACUCGGAGAGAGGACGAGGCGGUCGCUCGUAUGGGCUCAGCAGGUUUCCCGGGAGAUGUGGAGGGGGGGAAAAACGACGAGAGUCAAAGCGCGGGUGUUUCGGGGGUCGAGUCUCAGGCCGCUGUCGCGGCCAGUGCUGCCGGGUUCGGAGAACGACCGGCCGGUUUAACAAGCACGCACGAUAACGUUGGUUCCGCGGAAGCCGGCCACAACGCGUUGAGCACGCCGGUUGCAACCACGGGUACGACCAUGGCGGCGGGGAGUCACCCGACGUCCGCCGGGGUGGCGGAAAGGCAGGGUCGUGCUGACCCAGCAAGUAUGGGGCAAGUUAUUUCCACCGAGGGUGGUAGCGGUGCUGCUGCUGCUGCAGAGGAGACGAAGGCUUUCUCGCCGCGUCCACCAAGGACAGAGGUGCCGCUUGACCACCGGAUAGAGCCCGCUGCCCCCAUGGUCCAAGAAGCGCCGGAGACGCCGGUGGCCCGGAUGGAGCAAUCCGCACAACCUACAACCCCAGCCGGACGCCGACUGGGGUCGGAAUCGGUCAGCGUAUCGGAUCUCGCACGAGCGGUUUCGGCUGCGCCAGGAGACCAAUCCUCGCUGCGCUCCGCACUACCCGAACCCGAGGCUCUGAACGGGGACGAUGAUUCGGCCGUCAGCAGGGCACAGGAGACCCCUGAGGUGUUGGACAGGAACGGCUUGUCCCCUCGCGUUCCUCAGCGUCGACGAGGCGGCGACGCGGAGCCCCCAAGGCCGACUCGGCGAAGCAGUGGUCGUGGCCGAGGCAGCAGCGACGCCCGGCGUGGUACGAGCGCUCCGACGGUGGAGAGCCUACGGCGACGACUCCAAGGAGGCGAAGGGGGGCGAUGGGGGGCGUCAUCAACGGCCGCACCUGACAAUACUUUGCCCGUAGCAGCCGCAGCAACAGCAGGACCACCCUCCGCACAAGCAGCUCGUGGCGGGGUUAGAAGAACAGCUGUUGCUCGUGCAAGCGGGUACGGGCGGGCGGCGGGCAGCGACACGGACGAUACCGAGGCGGAAAAGGAAAACCUCAGGGAGCUCAUGCUGGCUCUGGGCGCUGUAGAUGUUCGCGACGGUGACGGCGAUGCGAGUGCGGAAGACGACGAGGGCGGGCGAAGACACGGUGUUGGGGACGGUGUAGAGGCGAGAGAUGAGGCUGGCAAUGUUUCCGCAGGUCGUGGGGAUGUGGUCAGCGUUUCUGAUGGAUACGACGGCGACCAUGUGAUAGCGGCUGCAACGGGCGAAGCUGACGCAGGAGGUGGUAACACCCUCAUGUCGUCAGUGAGGGCGCAGAACGAAGACAUCUCGUCUCGCCUGCAGGACAUGUCACUACAGGAAGCGUUGGGCCUGUCAUCAUCGGCUUCGUCUCCGGCGUCCGCGGCACCAGAAGGCUGA